UCUUAUCUUAUCACAGUUAAUCAAUUUCAAUUUUCAAAUUUUGGAAUUUUGGACUAACUUGCACAAUUGCCCUAAUUUUGUAUUUUUGUACUCACACUUACUUUUUUCAAGCGUUUCUAAUAAUAAAAGUGUUGAAGUCAUCCCUCGCACACCAUAAAACACAGUUUCAGAGUGUCGCAGUUUUAUCAAGUAUACGGCUCUCUGAGAAAUGUCUUCUCAAUUUGAUAUUCAAACAUCAUACCCAGCCCAAGGUUCCUUGCAGUUGUAUCGUCUUGUCUCUGCAUCUGAGUUUACUUGCAAUCGAUGUCAACAGAAAAAAAAAGCGAAACUUAUCGCAACUCAAAAUCAAGACUGGAACCAAGUCAUCUGUAACGGCUGUUAUGGCAAACUUCUGUCGGAGAAAUAAUCUGAAACAAAGUGAUUAAACAUUCAACUGAAGAACAGAACAGUAUCAAAAAUCUUACUUAAGUAAGAACUAACAAUCCGUGCUUUGUUUAAAAACUUUUUCAAGUUUUUCUCUUAAACAAACAACACUCUAGUCAGCUUUCAUCUUUUGCUCACUUAUCGACCCUUUCUCAGCACACAAUUGCAUGUUAUUUGUACCUCCGGCGAGAAACUUAACAGCAGAUUAACAAGUUCCUGGUGCAUUUUCAUCAAUUCUUAAUCCACAAUCAUGGGUAUACCCCAGUUACAAUCUUACAUUGAGAAGGCAUGCCCCUCAGACUGCUUCUACAAAGUAAACAUCGAGCAACUAGCCAAAAAUUACAGAGAGCAGACAGGUGGCUAUGAACCAGUAAUCGUUGUUGAUGGUUCCUCAUGCAUCGGUUUCAUUUACAAAGGCCUGGAUUGGGUUGCAGGAGGGCAAUUCAAGCAACUUUUUGAGAAAUUGGAUGCUUUCAUCAAAUCUUUCAAGAGAAUUGGUGUGCGCCUGGUUUUCUUCUUCACAGGAGGAACUGUAGGCCCCAAACGCAGAAAAUGGAUAGAGCGCAGUUAUCAAAAACAGGACGAGAUUCACAUGAUAUUUGACAAACUUGCAAAGGGUUGGCAAGUUGAAGAAUUAGAGAAAUGGCAAAUGCUCCCGACAGGCGUUGGUUCUUAUGACCGGUUCUUUUUUCAAUACAUUCUGCAGUGUGAGGUCCAUGUCUCAGUAGAUGAAGACGAUACGGAGAUAGCGCAUUACGCCCGGAAAAAUCAAUGUUUUGCAAUUUUAGCUCAAGAUACAGACUAUCUUAUUUAUGAAGGGGCACCAUAUUAUAUCUCUGCUCUGCAUUUGAACCUGACAUCAAUGAGCAGUUAUAUUUACGAUCGAAAAAAGCUGAUGAUUCACCUUGGCCUCGAGACCUUUCACAUGCCACUAUUUGCAUCUCUCGCAGGAUGUGAUCGUGUGAGCUUUGAAGAUCUCAAACCGUUUCACAGACGUAUCAAAUUUGAAUUCAAUAAGCCUAAUCAGUUUGUAGCUGUAGCAGAGUAUAUAAAGCGUUACGGAUUCAAUAGUGAAGAAAGUAUUUUUGACAGCCUAACACUCAUUGCCAAAGAAGCCUUGAACGAUCCCGAGGCUAGGAAUGUUUUAGAAAUCAGCAUAAGGUGCUACAUGUCAAGCACUCCAUUAUAUACAAUUCCAUCGACUGACCACCCUCAUUGGAAUGAUAUUUUGCAAAGAGCUGAAGAGCUUCAUAGAUUCCAUCAUAGCCUUCAACCAAAUAUGAUUUUAAACGUAUUGAGUGGUGAGCCGUUUGAGAAUGGGUACAGUUUUGAGGAUUUCCGUAAAGAGGAACUUCCAAAAAGUGGUUGUCUGUUACGACCUAUCCGUAUGCGAUUAUAUGGCAUUCUACUCCACGAAAAACCUCCGAAACUUGAUCCCAUUUUGGUGCACGAGUGGUCCAUGGAGAGCUUGAAUAGCUUGGAAGCAGAUUUUCGAGUGAAACCUAUUCCUCCCAUCGAUGCUCACCCAGGCUUACUCGCAUUGUGGAGUGAUGACAGAACAAGAGAGAUGCAGACUGCCCGCUGGCAAUUGUUUGCUCACAGCCUAUCUCCAGACUUAGACUUCGGAGUAUUGACAGAUUUGCCUGAUAAUUUGAUUCUACCUACAGCCGUUUUUUUCUUCCUGCAAAAAAAAAAUUUCCUUGAGGAGUGGGAAAUUGAAUCCUUAAUUGCUACAGUCGUUGCAUUACCAUCAGUGCCGACUGAAAAACUUGCCAGUCUUCCUGCAAAUCCUGUGAACUUGCGAGCGGUCCAAAUAGGAACAAUUUAUAUGCAAGCAAUAUUUAUUUCAAUACUUGUUUUCAGUGCGUGUGGGUAUCCUCUUCCGGCAUCACAAGUGUUCAUUCAUCCGUAUUUUGAUGGAAAAUUACAUCAAAAAAUGUAUUCCAAAUUUGAGAAGAAUACAUUUCCUUAUAGUUUGAUGGAUCCUGAUCAGGACUUGGGUGAUGAUCUGGAGAGAAAUCGUCAGCUUUCACUUUUUUCUCAGAUUAAAGCAAGAGUGUUCCUAUCAUCGUAAUUUGAUUACUGCAGGUUGGGCUCAUAUUUGAAAACUUCCAAUUUGUACUUCAAUUAUGUCAGAUUGAUCUCAAGUGAGAAUGUAAACAAAUAUUUCGAUGGCUAAAGUGUGAAACCACGCAUCUUUGUUUGCAACGUAGCAGACUUCCCGUCACACGGACCUACUUUAUUUUUUCUCUGGAAAACUAGCGAACGUAGUUUAUUGAAAACUAUUAUGACUUUUCUUCACUGUCAGCAAAAUAUUUUAUAUAGAUUUCGAACCGAACAAAUGGCUUGUUUCUCUUUGAAAAGAUAAAAUUGGAGAGAAAAUUUUGAAACUCUGCAAUGGAGAUAUGUAGUUUUGCACUUUGGUCAUCGAUUUGUUAGAAAUAGUACAUCAAUUAUUUCAGAGUUUGACAGCUCAAUUUGAAGUCUGUGUAAGGGUGUAGCAUGUGCAGCAAAGCUUCUAAUGAUCGUAUAAUGAAGGUCCAUACCUGAAGGCUUUUAAACUUAACUACUGAUCAAAUAUUUGACUGUGAUAUCAUAGGUAUCCAUUUUCUUUCUAUUUCAUUGAGUUUUUACUAUUUAUAUUUUGAUUCGUUCAAGUUUUACCUUUCUUCUACAGUUAAGGUUCUUUGUUUUAGUACAAAAAUGAUACUAGGGAGUAAUUGAAUCAUUGAUUCUCAAAAAACUUCAGUGCCAUGUAAAAUAUACAAGAAAAAAAGUAGAAACUUUACUAAUUGACCUGUUUCAAAUGGUAGAUUAAUUAAUUUAUUCAUCACUUAAAUAUUAUGGAGCUCUAGAGAUAUAGAACGGGUGUGUUACUACAGUUUUUAAGUACUGUUCCUCUCAUAUUCUCAUUUUUGGCACUUUAGUCAUCCUACAAUCAUUGAUGGUUUAAUUUUUUUUUUAUUUUCAAUGCAUUUGUACUUGUUAUGCUCUCUCCUUUCUUUUCAUUAUGUAUUCCUUCAUUAUUAUGUAUCCAUUAUUUCCUAUUAACAACUAUUAAUUGGACUGCAUUUUGCAAUUUGGAACUAUAAAUUCUGGCUCUUUUGGAAAAACACUUAUGUGCAUAGAGAAACUAAUGGCACAUACGUUGUUUUUAAACCGGGCUAAAAUUUAUAGUUCCAAAUUGCAAAAUGUAGUCUAAUUGAUAAUCAAUGAUUUUUGUACUUGAUUUAAGUUUUCUUUAGUCUAGGUUUUUAUUACUUUUUCUCUUUCAUUCAACUAAGCUGAUCUCACGACAGAAACACGAGUAAUAAACUCCUAAUAACACUUUUCAAAGUUUUUCAAAAAUUACAAAGUUAAAGUAGCAUAGUUUCUGCUUCAUUCUUUUUUUCUUACAGCAAAAUUUGUUCAAUUUUCUAAUUCAGUAGUUUUCAGCCAGUGUUGACAAUUUACAGCAAUAUUUCAAUCAUUUCAAUAUCAACACUAUCAAUCAAUGUAUAGUGCAGUAAAUAUUGUUUUCCAGAGAUUAUAUUUUUUGUAAAAUUUCAUUUAACAUUUAUAAUAACUGACAUUCUGUGCGAACACUUUCAAGUUAUUGAGUUUCAUAAAUUCUCAUUUAUUGCAGCUUUAUUUUGUGGUUACUUUCCUGUCUUUAAUUUUGAAGCUAUUUUGUCAAUUCUUGCUCAGAUGUGUUUGAACACUUCAAUAUCGCACUGCAUAAUUGUUUUUAUCAAAUUGAAAAAGGUCAAUCCACCCAAAUAAUAAUUGAAAGGACAAUCCUCUUCUUUGUAUCAAACGAGAGAAGGUUUGAUUAAAACCCUUCCCGUCUGUAAAAUCAAUCAUGCAAGUUGUUUAAUGGAUUGGCUUUAUUUUUAUUAUAAAAUCUUCUCAAUUUCGUUUACAUAUUAUGCAUUUUCGUUUAGUUACAAAUUAAAAACAAAUUCAUUUUA